UAAAACCGUAUCUUUGUUAUGAAUCUAGUUGUGUUGGAAGGAGCGAAGAAUUGUUGAAAUCCUUGGAUGUUACAAAACCAGUUUGUGGUGAAUCAUGACGAUUUUAACAAGUGCCAUCGGUGGAAUUUUUCUUUGUUGUGCCCUGAUGUCUUACUUGAAUCACGCUUCACCCUUGCGAGAUACAAAGGCAAUCGUGUUGAAAGUCAACACUGAGCCGGCAAUCAUCAGGCAAGGACGACUGAUACAGAAGACACAGGAUGCUCACACGAAGGUCACCAAGGACAUUGGCAAGCAUCUGGAAAAGUUGAAGGACGAACCAGAAAUGGUGCACAGUGGAUUAGUAAGCCAGGACCCUGCACAAAACUCUGGGAUAUAUAUACAAGUCUACUUUCAGCAUUUCCCCACAAUCGUCUGUCAGUAAGCGCCUAAUUAACUCAACUGUGGAAUGUGCCUAUUCAAGAGACGUAAAAAUUUGAUUUUGCUGAAAAGAAUGGAAAAUUAAGAGUUAACAACUUGGGAUCACGGUAACCCAUGAACAGAAGGGAAACACGCUGAAGGAAGAUACGCACAACUGAGUAUUUACGGCGUUUUAGAUUCUCUCUUUGGGUUUCACAGAGCUGACAUCACUUUUACAGUUAAGCAACCGAUCCAUACUUCGACGACGGGAAUACUUGAUAACAAACUGAAAUCGGGCGCGGUCAAACAUGGCUCUUAGGUGUUUUUAUGAAAACAAGAUGCACUUAUGUAUCAUUCUUGUGAACUGCUGUUGCGUUCUUGCCAAUUCGAAAUUCAGUUCUUUUGAUUAUGUUUACUGGCCUUUAAAUGGAAGUGAAAAUGAUAUUGGGUACGAAGCAUCGGAUUUUACGAAUGGUCGAUGUCCCGAAAGCAAGUCGCUUAGUUUCCACACAGUAACUAAUACUACUAAUGCUACCUCCGUAGAAGCUCCUUGUUUGCCCCUCAAUGGUGAAAGUUUUACGUUUUCCGUUUGGCUUAAGUUUGCCCCGAAUGGCCAGAUCAAUCAAACGUUUUAUGCAGACCUAAGAAACUCAAGAAAUGGUUUUUAUUUGUACGUUCACAAACAGGUGAUCCGUUUGACAGUGAUUCUAUUCACUGAUCGUAGUGAACUCUUUAAAAGCAACGAAAAAAUCGCAUAUAACACCUGGACACACCUUGCUGUAACAUUUAGGAAAGAGGUCGGUUAUCUCAUUUUCUACAUCAACGGCAAGAAGCAGAAAGAUGCAUCACUUUGGCAAGGAUUUGGUUAUCUUACUGGAACAUCGAAAUGUACCAUAGGAAACUUGCCUGACGGCUGGAAAAACGAAACUUAUCAGUUAUACGGAUCAGUGAUGGAUCUGUAUUUCGUCAACUCCUCAGUGACUGAUGAUAAUGUCGAUGCCCUUAGAGGUUUCCCAGUUAUCGAGAAGUUCGCAAAUCAAGUAAAGAAUUCCGUUGUGUUGGUGAAAUGGAUGCCCCCUUUACAGGGACAGUGUCCAAUAAAUGCCUACAGCAUUUACUUCAAAAACAGCGAUACCAACUGGACUCCAACAUCACCUCGAAAGCUGCCAAAGAACACGACCACGUACCUUCUUAAGCUUUUCUGUCAUACAGCAUACCAAAUUGCAGUGACUGCGUGGAGUUCACAAGGAGAGUCAUCUCUGGAGGACAGCAGGGUUUGGAAAGUAACCACUGGUGGAGACAAACCAAUUCCCCCCAUUAUCACCAACCUGAAAAUGUCUGCCUGUGUUGUCAAUCUUACAUGGACUGUCAGCGGAGAUGCCUCAUGUCCGCUGAACAAGUACACUAUUUACUACAGGCAAGAAGACUCACCAUGGAAUAAGAUUGAAAUCAAUACGGUGGCAGUAACUAACCAUCAAUGGUCAUUAAGGUGUGACACGCAGUACGAGUUUGCCGUGUCUGCUUGGAAUGACAUGGGUCAAAGCAACUUCUCAGCUACUUGGAAAAAGAAGACCCAAUCUGAUGAAGGCACUACAGUCUGGCCGAUAAUCGGAAUUACCUUGGGAUGUAUCUCCGUGUUUCUAACGAUUUUAGUGGUGUUCAGUUGUCACAGAAGAAACAAGAUCAGACGACGUAACACUGCUAGGAAAAAAUGGUCCAAGUCAGACAUCACAACUCUUCAGCAUUUGGAGAUAUGGCCUGAGCAGGUGACUUUACUGGAAGAACUGGGUCGAGGAGCAUUUGGAAAAGUUCAUAGAGGGGUGCUAAGGGAAUCCCCAGGAGUGGAUGUUUUCUAUCACGACAUUCGAGAGAAGCGCGUCCCAUUCAAGGACGGAAAAGUUGUUGCUGUGAAAGUUUUGAGUGCAUUGGCAAAUGAACAAGACAAAGAGCAGUUUUUGGAGGAAAUUGAUCGUAUGAAGCAAAUCGGCUGCCAUGUAAAUGUCCUUCGCAUGAUUGGUUUCUGGAUCAGAUCGGAGCCUUUUCUUCUGUUGUUGGAGUAUGUUCCAAAUGGAGAUCUGCUGAAAUGGCUCAGGGAGAAGAGAAAUCAAGUAGACUCCAUGAAGCUUCCACAGCUCCAAUGCACUGAAUGCCUGACUUCAAAUGUUUCUAAUGAAACUAAAGUAUCGCAGGAAGAGACUUCAGUUAGGACAACCGCAAGAAAUUUGGAGAAAUUACACGCAGAAGAGGAACGAUUCAAGAGUGAUCCAAAAGAAAUAACACGGGAUGAAAAGGAAAUUUAUGACAUUAAAUCUCCAAAUAAUGAAAUGGGAAACGGUGAGCCAAAAUAUUUAAAAUAUUACAAUUUGAGGACUUCAAAAGAAUUCCAAAUUCAGAACAUUGCCUUUGAUCAAGAGGAAAGAGAAAACAGCGACUUAGAAUCGAGACCUUGCUUCAGGCAAGAGCUGCAUCAGCCUUGUGAUGCUCCCAGCGAAGUAUACAGCGUGGAUGUCGACUUCCAAGAGAGCGGUGUUAACGACACCAUUUAUGAAACAUCAGAUAUGAUUGCUAAAGACAUACUUAGCUUUGCAUGGCAGAUAGCUCGAGGAAUGAGUUACCUAUCAGCCAACGGAUUCAUUCACCGAGAUUUAGCGGCUCGUAACAUCCUCGUUGGAGAAGACAAACUUGUCAAAAUUGCUGACUUCGGUUUGAUGCGCCACUCGGAUUUGUACGAGGUCAAAAGACAGAAAAAGCUUCCCGUGAAAUGGACGGCACCUGAAGCACUCAGAGACAGUAUUUACACCACACAGAGCGAUGUGUGGUCCUAUGGCAUUCUCCUUUGGGAAAUAUCCACAUUAGGUGGUACACCGUAUCCAGGAACUAAAAACAGCGAGCUGCGCAGUCUUGUCGAAACUGGAUAUCGUUUGGAAAGACCACAAAGCUGCUCAGAGGAAUUAUAUUUACUAAUGUUGAAUUGCUGGCAAGAGGAUCCCAGAAAAAGACCCACAUUUGACCAAAUGAUUGCUUCACUUGAAGAAUUGAUGGUGAAAGAUUCUCCAUACUUCAAUUUUAAUCAACUAGACGAGUCCCAUUGCUAUUACAACAUGGUGGCAUCGACAUGAUAGAAUGAAUGGUCCAAUAUGGUAAAUGAAAGACCAAGCUCCUAAAAAUUCAACAUACCACAGGAUGAAGCACAAAUGGAAGCUUAAGAGAGGAACACUUUUUUGAAAAUCCCCGGUUGAUUUUUGAGCGUUAACUUUAUCUAUUGGCUCUUCCGCAAACGAGAGAGACCGUAGACGCGUGCAUAAGCCUUCGAAGUGGCCUUUUAACGACACUCUAACACCGAUCUUUCUGAAGAUCAUCCGAAAUUGGUGACCGGAAUGCCAUUUUUUGGAAGUUUGCAAAAGAGCCUCUUUUUGCAAACAAUCAAAAUUUGUGCCGGUCCAAGUGACAGAGUUUGUUAAAUUAGAAUGACAGACAACACAUCCUUCAACACAUUAAUGAUACAGCUUUGGACAGAUAUGAAGACCCUAAUGUAAAUUUGGAAAACCAAGUACAUUGUAAGAAAUAUCCUACAACAUCUCUCUCCUUUCCCUCAUUUGAAUAUAAUCAUUAGAGAUAAAACUUUCAAAUCUUUCUGUUGCUUUGUUUUUACAAUUUUAAGCUAAGUUUGAAGUUUGAUGUCAGUGUGCACUCGUGACCGGCUCGAUUGAAUCAAUAUUUCUUUUAAGCAAGAACAGUUCCUGUUUUCAGUCAUAAGUUCUAUUUGUGAUCAAUAAAAGGUCGUACAAAUUG